AUGGACAGCUAUGUGGUGCAGAAGCGACUCUCGAUGGCAGUCUACGGCGACGUGGUGCUCGCCUGUGCGGCGGCCGACAACCCGGUCGCCAUCAAGCGCCUCGACGUGGGCGCGACGCUUGGCCACGUGAGCUUCCAGCGCGCGCGGGUGCCGACGACCAAGGACUUCGAGCGCGAACUCGAGGUGUACCAGUAUCUCGGCCGCGCCGGUGGCCAUGGCAACAUUGUGCAGUUUGUCGAAACCUUCGAGCACUUUGGCUACCACCACCUCGUGCUCGAGCACUGCGCGGACGGCAGCCUCGUGAACAAGACUCUCAGCGCCCAGCAGCUUCUUUCGCUCUUCACGCAGCUCCUCGACGCGAUCUGCUUUCUGCACGCACACGGCAUCGCGCACGGCGACAUUGCGCCCUCCAACGUACUCCUCUGCCACGGACAAGCGACGUACAAGCUCUGCGACUUUGGCUCGGCCAUCGUGCUCGCCAACUGCACCAGCGACGAGGCCGCGGCGCACCGUCUCCGCGAUCUUCAAGCGCUCGGCAGCCUUCGCGCCGGCCCGCGCGUUCUCUCCCAGCUCCUCGAGUUCAUUCGCGUCGCGCCGCAGCUGUCGGCGGUGGAACUCCUCGUCCAGUGGCAGCGCAGCUGCAGUAGCGUGCACGAGUCGAGCGUCUGCCGACCGCUGAAAACUCGCCGGGUGUUUAUCGACGCCCUCUAA